AUGAGUGACAAGAGUGCCAACCCUAUGCGUGAACUGCGCAUCGAGAAGCUCACCCUCAACAUUUGCGUUGGUGAGUCCGGUGACAGACUUACCCGUGCCGCUAAGGUUCUUGAGCAACUUUCCGGUCAAACCCCUGUCUACUCUAAGGCCAGAUACACCGUCAGAACUUUCGGUAUCAGAAGAAACGAAAAGAUUGCCGUCCACGUCACCAUCAGAGGUCCUAAGGCUGAGGAGAUUCUCGAGCGUGGCCUCAAGGUCAAGGAGUACGAGCUCAAGCAGAAGAACUUUUCUGAGACUGGUAACUUUGGUUUCGGUGUCACCGAGCACAUUGAUCUCGGUAUCAAGUACGACCCCAAUAUCGGUAUUUACGGUAUGGACUUCUACGUCGUCAUGGGCCGCAAGGGUGCCCGUGUUGCUCGCAGAAAGAGAGCUAGAGCCACCAUUGGUCUGGGCCACAAGAUCUCCAAGGAGGACUCUAUCAAGUGGUUCAAGCAGAAGUACGAUGCUAUUGUUUCCAACAAAUAA